UGCUCACAGCUCAUUCUGCUCAAGGGGCCGGCUUUUGAACCAUGUCCCAGCCUGAGCACCGGGACGGCUAAUGCCACUUUGGGAAGUAAGGGCCUCCUCUUAAGCCCUGUGAGCUGCAGCAACAAACGGGACUGUGAGAGGAAGUGGAAGGGAGCACCUCAGAGGACUGGGACAAAACAGACAGAGAGAUGAGAGCACAGCUGCCGCGUCAAGACGCAAUACAGAACACACGUGAGACCAUAACUGACGGAAACAGCUCAACACUGGUAGCAAAAAGGGAGGCCUGGAGGGAACCCUAGCAGCUGUCCAUCAAUCCUUCCAGCCAGCAGCCAUGCAGGGGCUGGUUUGGAGCCUGUGUGUCCUGCUCUGCCUCUCGCUGUGGGAAGAGAGUUCCUGCAGGAGCUCCAGGGAAACCCAGAGAACCAAAGAGCCUUUCCUUAAGAGAAGUAAAAGAGCUCCUACAGAUCCCAACGCUAAACAGUGUUCCUAUACUUUUCUGGUGCCUGAGCAGAGAAUUACAGGUCCGAUCUGUGCCAGCACCACAGGCCCGGAGCCAGACAAGGACAGAGUGACCCGUAUGGACAUAGCAGAUGUGAGGGAAGUUCUUAACAAACAGCGGCGUGAGAUUGAGACGCUGCAGCUGGUGGUGGAUGUGGAUGGUAACUUGGUGAACGAGAUGAAGCUGCUGCGGAAAGAGAGCCGAAACAUGAAUUCCCGGGUGACCCAGCUCUACAUGCAGCUGCUCCAUGAGAUCAUCAGGAAAAGAGACAAUUCUCUGGAGUUGGCCCAGCUGGAGAACCGCGUCCUAAAUGUGACCUCGGAAAUGAUGCGUCUGGCUUCGAGGUACAAGGACCUAGAGGCCCGCUUCGCCACAAUAGCUGGGGUGGUCAACAACCAGUCCGUUCUCAUCACUGCCUUAGAGGAGCAAUGCCUGAGGAGCCUGGGGCAGGGUGAACGCGCCCAAGCUCCUCCAUUGGUGCGGGCAGUGCCACAGAACAUUCCGGUUGACAACCGUUUCACCAAUGAGAUUCAAAGAAACAGCAGGGCCUUUACACGAGGGUCGCGGAAGAACUCCCCAACUGUGAGCCCCUUUGGGAUCGACCCUCCACCGCCACAGGGAACGCUAACUUCUGAUGGUCCUUUCAAGGACUGCUAUGAGGUGCGGCAAGCUGGUCACACCACCAGUGGGAUGUAUCUGCUCAAGACAGACAACAGCGAUCGACUGUUCCAAGCCUGGUGUGAACAUGGUCUUGACAAUGGUGGAUGGACUGUGUUGCAAAGGAGGCGAGGUGGCGCAAUCAACUUCUUUAGAAACUGGGACACCUAUAAGAAAGGCUUUGGCAACAUUGACGGUGAGCACUGGCUUGGGCUCGAAAAUAUUUACAACCUGUCCAAACAGGGCGACUAUAAGCUGAUGAUAGAGCUGGAAGACUGGGCAGGAAAGAAGGUUUAUGCAGAGUACAGCAGUUUCCACUUGGAAUCAGAAAAUCAAGGCUAUCGACUGAGGUUGGGCACCUACCAGGGCAAUGCUGGAGACUCCCUCAGCAGCAACAACGGAAAACAAUUCACCACACUCGACCGGGACAGGGAUGCUUUCAGUGGCAACUGUGCCCACUUCCAUAGGGGCGGCUGGUGGUACAAUGACUGUGGUCAGACGAAUCUAAAUGGAGUGUUUCACAGCGGAGGAGUGUAUCGCAGCAAAUUUCAGGACGGGAUCUUUUGGGCAGACUAUGGUGGAGGUUUCUACUCUCUAAAGUCUGUUCUUCUCAUGAUCCGACCAAUUGACUAAAACCUCAAAGUGUUUCAAGUGCGGUUGAAGAACCCAUCUGUCAUUUGAUUAUCCUUUACUUGUAAAGAUGAAGGCAGAGGAAGCCAUCUCUGCCAGUGUAUCCACAGCCUUAGACACACAGCUGAAAAGGGAGAGGACUCGCGUAACUACGUGCCUGUCCAUCUGCGUAUGGCUAAGCUGGCUUUGGCAUGUACAUAUCGUUGGGACUUAUUUUCUACCGUUAAUUUAAGAGGUGUGAUUCAACUCAGGCCAAACGUUUAGUGUUGUCACUCUGCCACUCUUUGUUAUUUAUCAGUGUAUUUAUAGUGAAUGUAGUCAGUUAUGUACUCCUGUUACGACUAAGACUUUUCAUGUAGAGAAUUCACUUGCAACACUUUAAGAGAACACAUAAAACAACAAAUCAAGAGUGAAUGUGGAUACAGAAUAUGCAAUGCUAGACAUCCAAAAUAAAUACAUAUUUUUAUAAACAUAAAAA